GUAAUGUGUAUAAAAUACUGCGAUAAGUUCUAAAUACGUAAUAAUAAUUGGAUAAUAAUCCACGAACAUAAUCUUACGCAUGGCGUUGUGAAGCACCCGUACAGACACGGCACGCAGCGGUCGCAGAGUCUCAACCGCGGACACUCACUCUCGCGCUCCGAUGGCACCUGGUGACAUCACGGGACUGCGGGCAGCAUAGUGCAGUGCGCCGAGUGUGGCACGCGCGGGAUGGGCAACAAACUGUCAUCUUGUUCCUGCGCGCCCAUACUGCGCAAGGCGUACCGCUAUGAAGACAGCCCGUGGCAAAAUUCGCGCCGCCGCGACGGACACCUAUUGAGGCUCUGGGCAGAAGUAUUUCACGUAUCCGCGAGCGGCGCCGGCACCGUGAAAUGGCAGCAAGUGUCCGAAGACCUCGUGCCCGUCAACAUCACCUGCAUCCAGGACUCCCCGGAGUGCGUGUUCCAUAUCACUGCGUAUAACUCGCAGGUCGACAAGAUCCUCGACGUCAGACUACUUCAACCAGGUACACGGAUUGGACAAGCGUCGGAAUGCUUCGUAUAUUGGAAAGAUCCGAUGACCAACGAUACGUGGGGCUUGAACUUCACAUCACCUAUCGAUGCGAAGCAGUUCAGAGAGUGCUGCUCACCAUCAUUCAAGUUCUCUCGCAAGGCAUCAUCAAGCUAUAGCCUCAAAUUGGAACCUCCGGGGAAUAAACAGAAAUUCAAAGGCAAAAGAAAACCACUAUCAACGCCUGCUAGCCCUAAUCGAUCAAGUUUGACGUACGGCCGCGAGCCACAAUGCACUUGCAUGACCCAGGAACAAUAUGCUCGUCUCAGAGCUCAAGAUCCUCGCUAUCGAUCAUCGACUCUACCACGGACUACGACUAGAGCCAUAGAGACAGAUACAGGCGCGGCGGCAUCGGGAACCACAGGCCGCUCCGACAAAGUAGUCGCUGCUACUUCUUCCACUUCUCUCUACGACAACGUAACCAACUCCCAGCCUACGCACCAGCCGCCACCGAAACCGGCGGCUCGUCAAGCGGAUUCUCAACCACCGACACGCCCUCCGAAGUCUCAGGAGACCUCGACUAUGACUACAAACACUUCUACUGCACCAAAGACGGUGACUGCUUCCGUCGGUACUCAUGGGACUAGUACUUCUGAUGAGCCACAAGGGGUCGGGGGUGGUACUUCGUCUCAGCACGGGCAGGACUUGAAAUCGGAAGGCGUGCAGGCGGGCGGCACCCUCACCUCUUCUAAAUCAUCAGCUACGUCCACUCGCUCCAGCAAGGACCAUCUCCAGCACAUGAAUAAGAGCGUCGACUAUGGAGAUGGCAAUGAAUCGUCUCGGGAGUCGGAUCGGCACUCGGUGCAUCACCACAACGUAAUCAAUAACAACACGUCAGGCUCAAGGCGUACCAAGUCCAAGAGCACUGAGGACAUGAAUAUGGAUUCAAGCACUCUAAAGCGCAUGCUGAAGCCGAUGCCGUCGACGGAGAGUCCAGUGACUUCACCGGAGAUGGGCCGGCGGCGGUACGGCGGCGCGGGCCCGUGUCCUCCCACAUGUGGGUCACACGGACACCGUCACCAGCAACAUGUCCACCACGGACAUUACUCGCACGUCGUCAAUAACAACAGCCGACAGAGCUCUCAGAGACGAGGUGUAGGCGUCGGCGCGGCGCCCAGCGGAUACCCAGGCCGGGGGUUGUACUUGGAACUGGGCGGCGGGGAGCGCGACCUCUCACCUCCUUCCGACAACGUGAUGUUCGACAACCAAUGCUACGCCACCACGCCGUCGUCUUCCAAUGGCAAUUCCGAUCAGGAGCCUUGCCAGCGACGCGAUGGCAGGCAUCAUCACGCGAAACCCUGCCUGUCCCGGCAGGCAUCGCAGUCAAGCGCGACGCCGGCGCCUGGCUCGCCCACUUCUCGUCUAUUGCUUGAGUAUGAGAUGCACCUGCGGAAUACCCUCGCUAAAGGAAUGGACGCUGAGAGCUACAGCUUACACACGUUUGAAGCGCUACUUAGCCAGAGUAUGGAAGAUUUGGAAUAUAAUGACAAUAUGCCGCCGUCGAAUCAGAGGAGUCCUUACCCGCCUAGACGAAGACCAACCCAAGAGUCCAUUCUACAAUCUUUGAGACACCUCAAGGAAGCCGCAAUAAAGGAAAGAGAUGGUAGAUACAUGUUGCGUGAUGAUGCGUCAGGAGCCGCGUCGCAAUGUUCUGGCGGAGGUAGUCGCUCCUCCACUUUGCCGCUGCCACAUCGGCUUGGGGUGGAGCGGCAGCACAGCGCGAGAUCCGACCGCGAUGGAUAUUAUAGUGACCGCAACGAACUAAUGAGAGAACGUGAACGUGAUCGCGAGAGGGGCUACCUCAGUGAUCACAACACCAGAGACCGAGUGAGGGAUCGCGAUCAAGGAUAUCUGAGCGAUCAUCAAUCAAGCUUUGUGAGCGCAUCACGUUGCGCGUCAUGUAUCGGCGAGUCGGCCCGGGCCGCGUGGUAUCGGCACUCGGACGGAUGGCGCGGCGCCCCACCACCAGGAAGCCGCCGUUCGCCCUGGGACUCUCUGCCCAGUCUCCGACACGAGGGCAGCCUCAACGACUCCGGCUACAGGAGUAACAGAGCCGACAGUUUUGAACAAAGGGGUGUGUUUGACCGACAAGACAGCGUGCGUUCCGAGUAUACCAGCGAUCGCGAGUCCUCGCGCUACGGUAUCGUGCAGCAGGCGUCCAUCGACAGCACCGACUCCAGGAUAUGCUACCUAACAUCCAGUGAGAUAUCCGAUGAUGAUCGCAUGUCGCUGACGACGGCGGUGUCCGACGAGGAAGACCCCGGUGAGAGCGCAAUGAACUCUCCUUACAAGGGCAAACAGACCGGCGCCGCCGCAGCCUCUUUUAACUGCACUGGCGCAGUCAGAAAAGCCGGAUUUUUGAGCGUCAAGAAAUGGCUGCUGCGUAAAAAGCACCAAAUUGAGUUGGCCCGGAAACGCGGCUGGAAAGGAUACUGGGUGUGCCUGAAGGGCACAACACUGCUGUUCUACCCGUGCGACUCGCGCGAAGGACGCUCCGUUGAGGCCGCUCCAAAGCAUCUCAUUAUAGUCGACGGUGCCAUUAUGCAACCCAUUCCAGAACACCCUAAGCGAGAUUACAUAUUCUGUCUAAGCACAGCCUUCGGCGACGCUUACUUGUUCCAAGCACCGUGCCAAGUGGAAUUGGAAAAUUGGGUGAAUAGCAUACACAGCGCGUGUGCCGCGGCAUUCGCACGCCAUCGCGGCAAGACUGGCACGCUGCACUUGUUGCAGGAAGAAAUUUAUCGCCUUGAAAAAGCUAUUGAAUCUGACCAUAAACUAAAACACAUGGCGGAUCUGCAGCAAUCAGUAGUGUCGGACCCGGAGACCCGCGCUCAACUUGCUGUUCAAAUGCUGCAGUGGGAGGAAAAUCUUGAGCGGCUCCAUUGCGAACAAUUCCGACUUCGCUGUUACAUGGCUAGUCUGCAGAGCGGCGAACUACCCAAUCCAAAGUCCCUAUUAACUCACGUGUCUCGUGGGACUAAGAGCACCCUUAACAAGUUGGGAGUAUUCACGGUAUCGUCGUUCCACGCAUUCAUUUGUGCGCGUUCGCCUUCGUUACUGAAUAACUUGCUCGCCGGCCGGGGCGCCACAAAGCGACGGGCACCAAAUCUAUCUCGAUCUAACUCGGGAUCCAGCAGGCGCUCUAUGCAGAUGUCUCGAGACGAGGGCGAGGCGGCGGUGCGCGUGUCGCUGCCCGAGGGCACCACGGCCACGGUGGGCGUGCGUGAGGGCAUGACCGUAGAGGAGUUCCUGGCCGCUGCCUGCUCGCGCCGUUCGCUUAAUGCGCUCGAGCACUUCGUCAGGGUGAAGAAGCGCCGCGACAUGGAGGAUCACAACUACUUCGUCCCGCACCGCAGCGACCUCAUCGAAACUUAUCUACACACACAUGAAGUAGUUGAGGUGUGCGCAAAAAUCCUGUAUCAAGUGGAAUUACAACGCACCACCCUCGAACAAAUGUGGGGAUUCAGCGUAGAGGCUGAACUUAUAGAGAACGCGGAACGACAAGACGAACUCUGUUGUUACGUCAGCCGUGUCGAAGACAAGAGUGUUGCCAUGCAGAAUGGGAUAAUCAAAGGCGACGAGAUAAUGGUGAUCAACGGAGCAAUCGUAUCCGACCUAGAUAUGAUGUACUUGGAGAGCGUUCUGCAAGAGGAACUGUCUCUAGUCAUGAUGAUGAGAUCAUCCCGCACGGAGCCGCCCGAGCUGUCGGGAGUGAUGCGCGCGGCCACCGACGACAUAAUAGAUUCGCUCGUGUGCCCGCCGCCGCCUAGCGACCCGCCUGUCAUCUCCGACGAUAUGAUAUCCGGCCUCAUCGUGCCUGCACCCGCUUGGAGUAAGGAAUUGUACAGUCCUGAGACGGACGCCCACGGAGGUGACUCUGUCAGCACUGGACCGCCUAAAGUCAGUUCUCGCACGAACUCGUUCGAGAUUGAAAAUCUUUUAAAGAGCGCGGAGCAGGUGACAGGUUGGUGCCGGUCGCCGGCUGAGACUCGUCGCGGAAGCCCUACAGGCAGCGUUGCUAGUGCUGCGGCCGGGACGCCCUCACGACACCUCUCCGAUGCUGACAAACUGAGGAAGGUGUUACUGGAACUCGUCGACACCGAACGAGCCUAUGUGAAGCACCUCACCAACUUACUGGAGAACUACUUAGAGCCAUUGAAGAAGGAAACUUUUUUAUCAAACGCCGAGACCAAUACUUUGUUCGGGAACAUUCAAGAGAUAGUGGCUUUCCAAAGGCAAUUUCUACAAAACUUAGAGGAAUCGCUUGAGGCUGAACCCAACUUCCAUCACUUCGAAUUUUCAAACCAAUUUAAGAACGUGCUGUUCGCGGUUGGGAACGCUUUUCUGUACUACGUCAACCAUUUUAAACUGUACAGCUCCUUCUGCGCCAGUCACAGUAAGGCACAGAAAGUCCUACAUCCAAAUGAAGGCAAUCAAGCAUUGCAAGAAUUCCUUGCUGCUCGAAAUCCAAAACAGCAACAUUCAUCGACUUUGGAGUCGUAUUUAAUAAAACCCAUACAAAGGAUAUUAAAAUACCCCUUGCUGUUACAACAAUUGCGAAAUUUGACUGAUGUUAACUCCGAAGAGCACCUUCAUUUAGUGGAGGCUCUCAAAGGUAUGGAAAAAGUUGCUGAACAUAUAAAUGAAAUGCAACGAAUACACGAAGAAUAUGGUGCUAUAUUUGAUCAUUUAUUUAGACAACAUCAGAAGUCGUGCAAGCAGCCUAUAGAUCUAAGCCCUGGUGAUUUGUUAUACUACGGAGGUGUAGAAUGGUUAAAUAUUUCAGACUUUUUGGGCAAAAUUAAAAAAGGUUUAGAAUUGCAUGCUAUGUGCUUCGUUUUUAAGUCAGCCGUUGUCUUCCUCUGUAAAGAAAGACUGAGACAAAAGAAAAAAUUAAUGGGUGUAUCAUCUAAAAAUAACUCGAACGAAGUGGAGAUUAUCAGAUAUCAAGUGUUAAUCCCAGUAACAGAGGUGCAAGUGCGGGCCUCCUCGUCUAAGGAUAUGGAGAGUCACUUCCUCUGGGAACUAAUCCAUUUGAGGAGUCAGCUGCAACGACGCUCGGAAAAAGUUUACGUGCUCUCAAACAGCACCGCCGACUUCCGCAACGCAUUUCUGAAGACGAUCCGUCAGAUAAUCCGCGAGUCAGUGCGCAAUAUGUCUCUACCGAGCUCGCGGCCUGCGCCCGCGCCGCCCCGCGCUCCACACACGCUCGACCGCGAGCGACCCAAACACCAGGUGCAAGUUAUGCAAGGAUCGCAAACUCUCGGUAAAACAAAGAAACCUAAGACUACAGGACAACGACUAUCGGCUGGAAAUAUUGAGGUAGGUGACCUGUCUCGCGAGAACUCCCAAGAUGCGGAGGAGCCUCCGCAAGAAGUGUCGUCUGACGAGCCUGCGUUCAGACACAGAAGCAAAACUCUGGGAGAUACCGCCGAGGCUAGUGCUAAACGAGCCCCGCCACCGCCUCCGCCGGACACCGACAAGUCUGACCCCGGCUCCAAAUCCGAAGGCGAAGACGAGCAGCCACAGCCGCCCGCCAAGCGAGGGUUAGGCAGAACUCCCAACCAUCUCACGUUAAGCACGACGUCGACGCUGAGCGCGGGCAGCACUGGCAGCCAGGCACGGCUGAUACAGUCCUCGCACCAGCCCACCCAGUACCAGCCCACCAUGGUCAAAGAACUAGGAUCGCCCGUGUGGAAACCGCGCGACAUGUUGACCGAGGCGGGCGGCGCAGGGGUCGGCGGGGGCGGCGGCGCUGGCGGCGCGGGCGGCAGCGGCGGUGGCGCGCCCACCACGCUGCCGCGCUCGCAGCGCCCGGCGCCGCGCGCGCACCAUCUGUCGGCGAGCCGCAAGUCGCUGGCCCCAGACCACCGCCACUAGCCUCACCGCGUACCGAUGCUUCCGCGUUUUGCCACUCCACUCUGACGCGACGUGAUUCUUGUCGGCGGCUCGCGUUACCUUCGAUCGCUCCUAUUCAUAUUCUCCCUAUUCCAUACUUCUCCGCUCACGACCGAAUGUGAACCAUCUGACGCCUCGCCGAUGCCCUUACACACGUUAACAAGGUCUGCUGACCUAUUUCUGCCGUCUUUGGGUUCAAAUUCCUUUCGCUUUAGUGAAUUGAUCAGAAAUUAAAUAAAAUAUCCAUACAUACCGAAUAUCCAUUUGAUACGACACUACACACCGGCCGUGCGCUGGUCGAAUAUUGUAAUUUUAGUCUUACUAUGCAAUUAGACACCUACCGACAGUUUCGUCGCAACUGUGAGAAAGUAUUCGUAUGUACCUAUGUAAAAUUGGUAUUCUGCACAUUAUUAAAUAAAUAGAUUAAUCUAAUUUACAAUAUUAUAACAUAGCCUGAAGAUAUCAAUGCUGAUUAAAUUAUAAUUUAAAACUUACAAAUACAUGUGUAGUACAAUAUUAAAUUUUUACGUUAAGUUUAGAAAUAUGUAAGGGUUUCCCUGAGAUUAUACACAUUAGCUCAAAUGUUCAUUAAAUUAUAUCCGGUAGAUUCUGUUUUUUUUUUGUCUGCGCUCAAAUAUAUUUAUGUAUUAGAUCAAUACCCAAAACGAAAAGACUGCGUUCAUGUUUUGAGUGAAGUAUCUAAAUAAUAGUUUAGCCAUAUUAUUUUAUUCAGAUAAUAUUUUUUUGUUUCUUAUAAGCUUACUUGUUAGGAGCUCCACUUAAUAUUUAUAUGCAUGUGAUGUUAUCAUGCUAUUGGAAAUUUAUUGAAUCAUCAAAGUUGUUUCUUGCAAUCUUUACUGUUUACGAGUUACGACAUAUUCCCACAUAACCAAAUGAAAUGUUUCAUUUACAAUUAUCCACGAUGCGGUGUUGUACUUUUAUAUGUAUGUACCUUAAAGUCAAAUCACAAUAUUAAUAUAAUAAUACCUCUGUCAAAAUGAUAAUUAAAUAGUAUUGUAUAAUGUUAUUAGGAAUUAAGUUUAUUUUUAAUGGACGACCUACGCAAAACUUCAUUACAAUGAUAGGUCUGUUUUAUAGUGACAAAAUAAAUGACAAUAUCAAUGAGAAGAAGAGAACACCGUUAAAGUUAGUCUUUCCUGAUUUCAACGGCAGUUUAUAGUAAUGCCAGCAUUGAUUCCUGAUCUUAUCCUCUUGCAUGUAUACCGAUCAAUGUUGCCAUACUUCCUUUAGACCUUCCAAUCUGCGAAACAUUCCUAAUGAGCGGUGUUUCGCGAUUAGGUUAGUGUACUUCCUGCUCUUUCCGAGAUGAUCACUGUAGAGUUCCUUCUCAGUGGAUAUUGUUUUUGAUUAGUUGAGAAAAAAAAUCCUCGCUAAACAAACCUGUGUGCCAAAUUAGGUACUCUCUAUUCUUAAUUGUGAUUAAUACAAAUCUUCAUCGCAUAUUACUGAUAUACUGAUAAUAUAUGUGGUGAGCGUAGUUAGCUAUAAUGUACUUGCGUUUCAUUUAGUCACAUUGGCAAUGCAAUCAAUAUUCACUACCCUAGAGUUCAAACUGCACUCACCCAAUGGGAAAGUACAUUAAGUAGUUUUGAUAAUAAUUUCUCUUCGUCAUCAAAUUCGAAAGUUCUAUCAUAGGCUAGGUGAAUGAUAUAACAUAUAUCUUACACGUUUAAGUUAUUAUUAUUUAAUAAAAAAUAUAAAUAUUGUAAACAUAUUGUUGUUUCGUUGAUAUAUUGUAAAUGUGUUUAGAAUCACGGGAAACAAUAACUGAACGAUCGCGAAGUUAAAUUGAUCGAUAAGGAGCGUCUGCUAUGUGAUAGUGUUGGCAGUUAUUUCCGCAACUCUCUGGCUGGUUUCUUUUGCAUUCACAAUCAUUCCAUGAAAAAUAUGCAUUCAUCGAUUAAUAUUACACGUACUACAAAUAUUGUUUGUACUCGAAUUCGUUCUUAGUUAUCCGAUUACUGCAAAUAACGUGUACGUUGUACUGUGACUAAUUUAUAAUGCGCAUUUGUUAUUUUUAAUUGCAUUUACGAUUUUUGGUAGAUUCGCAAAGUAUUUCUCAUAGCGGGACAUAUCACCAAACAACAAAGGACUGGCCUCGUUCGAGUUAAACGCUUUCUCGUGAGCUGUAAACGACAUCUGGGAUUAAAAUUACGUUAACGACUUCGAAUAUUUAUACUUAUGUAUUUAUAGGAUUAGACUACUUAUAUUGUAAUUUUUUAUUGUGACUACACAAGAUAUUAUGUUUCGAACUUCACGUAUAAUUUAAAUGUUGAUUUAGCGAUUUAUUGAAAUAAAACCUGUUUAUUAAUAUACAUAUGUUAAAAUAUUCGAAUUUAAUAAUUAUGGACUUAUACAAUCAAUUUAUAGAUAUUAUUAUACUAAGAAAAUAUAAUUAAUAAAAUGAAUAAACAAAUAUGAAUGAAUAAUGAAAUGAAGGAUGAACUCAUUAAUUACGAUUGUAUUUCAUACUUCAAUGACAUUCGAAAAUAAUGUAGGGAAAUGAAUGAAUAUUUAGAAAGACUUAUUGAAGUAAAAUACGAAGAUAACUAAUGUUAUUAUAAGUAUUGAACCUUUUAUGACUUACGUUAUAUCAUUUGAUACUUAUAUUGAUUUUAAUCACAUGUUUGUGUCCGUUGUUUUGUUGAAGUCUCUUUCUGUAUAACUACACUAUUCGCGUCGUUGACAAACUACUAUGUAGUAUUCCUGUUGAUUUUUAAAUACCAAAACACUUGCAUGCAAUGUGCUCCAUUGUUGAAUGAUAAUUAAUUUUUACAAGUAAAUUUAUUUCCAGCAGUCGUCAAUCGUAUUCAACUAAUCCUCUGUUACAAAUUUAUGGUAUAAACUUUAUGAUUAUAAAAGCUGUUACUUUAUUUUUUGUUGUCUGUGAAUUCAGUUUUUCGUGUGAAACGUAAAUUUAACAUGCCUAAAUUGAAGUGCCUUCACGCGUUUUUAAUCACUCAUUCAUGUUUGUAUGAAUUAUGCAAAAUUGUUGCAGGUAGUUUGUCAAUGCCAAUAGAGCAGAUUGUUAAAUUCUGCUGUCGUAUAUAUAAUCCCACACGAUUUAUUAUUUAAUAAUGGUUAUAUUGUAUUUUGUUAGUGUAUGAGUAUUAUGUUAAAUUUGUCACAUAUGGAAAUUACUUUUUAUUGCUUAUGAAUAAAAAUAAAAAUAUAACUAUCGA